GGGAGUGGGUACCUGUCAAAUUCGAGUACCCGCUCCCAUUUCUGGUCUGAUCGCCUAGGCGAUCGAAAACGGAGGGUGUCCUCCCUCCCUUCCUGUAGUCUUUUGGGACACGUGACAGGUCCCAGAAGACUACAGGACCAUUCAUGAAGCGCAGCGCUACUCGCGCAUGCGCAGUGGGUACCCGGCUGUGAAGCCGCAAGCUGUCACAGCCGGGUGCCCACACUGAAGAAGUCGGCCUCCAGGAAUACAGAACGGCCGGUGAAACGGGCUGCGGGGAAGACACCG